GAGUCUGCAGUUGACAGGGCAGAGCUUUCGGAUAGGCGCUCCGUUCACCCGCCCAUUUCCUCCGGUGCAAUCAGCCAUAUUCCAUACAUUAGCUAAUAUCUGAACAAUUCGUGCAAAAACAAAUAAUGCACAACAUUCGACGACAGUUAUAACGACCGAUGCUAUAACAUUUCCAUUUUUUAAGAUAACUGAUGCGCUUAGUGGUCCUGCCAAACUCGAAAAUAUAUAAAAUACUGAGCUAACGUUGGUUGUUAGCAGGAAAAUACUGAUACACACUCAACCAAAAUCUCUGUUCAUUUGUUACAUUUUCCUAUAAGGCACCGAUUGUUUACACGGGAUCACAACAAAAAACCACAGGGAAAAAUAUGGGUCCACGUAGAAAAGGAGCAAAGAAAAUAAAGGUGGAGGAGGAUGUUACUGAAGCAACAGAGUUUCAACAUACUGAUGCAGAACCAUCAGAUGGCAGCAUAAGAGAAGAAGAAAAGCCACUGAAAAAAAGGAUAAAGGGAAUGAAGAAAUACAUAGGAGCUCACGUUUCAAUAUCAGGAGGAAUAUGGAAAGCUGUUGAAGCAAGUGUGGCCAUAGGAGGUCAUGCAUUCGCCCUUUUCUUGGGCUCCCAGCGCUCCUGGACCAGACCUGCCCUUGAUCCAGCGGCUGCAGUUAAAUUUCAAGAAGCCUGUGCUUUAAAUGGAUUCGAUCCGAUACACAUCCUGCCACAUGGAUCUUAUUUGAUGAACUGCGGCUCUCCUAAAGAAGAUGUGUUCAGUAAGAGCCAGGCCAUGCUUGUGGAUGAGCUGAGUCGCUGCAGUGCACUGGGCCUGAGCCAGUUUAACUUUCACCCUGGUGCUGCUAUAGACUCCACCCCGGAGAAAUGCAUGGAGAAAAUUGCCCAAGCAAUUAACCACGCACACCAGCAAACGCCUGCCGUCAUUACAGUGCUUGAAAACAUGAGUGGUCAGGGCAGCACUGUUGGUGGACAGUUCAGUGAACUGAGAAGCAUAAUAGACCAAGUGCGUGACAAGACACGUGUUGGAGUGUGUCUGGACACUUGCCAUGCUUUUGCAGCAGGCUAUGACAUUUCACCAGCUGGAGGUGUGAAGAAUAUCCUUGAUGAAUUUGAUCGCGUGGUUGGACUGCAUUAUUUAAAAGCGGUUCAUCUAAAUGACUCUAAAGGAAAAUUGGGCUGCCAUCUGGACCGCCAUGAAGACAUUGGGCAUGGCCAAAUAGGAAUUACUGCUUUCCAAGAAAUUGUAAAUGAGCCUCGACUGGAUAAUAUCCCUCUGAUUUUAGAAACACCUGGUCGCCCAGGUUUUGAGUAUCCUGAACAGAUAGAGCUCCUUUACUCCCUGUGUGGAAAAAUGAAGAACUAAAGGAGUUUAAAGAUAAUCCAAAGGAAACUGGCUUGAUCAUUCACGGCAGUUAAUAUUUUUGAAGCAUAAUAAAAAUUUUGAACACCA